ACUAUCUGUCUACAUGCCCAGUGUUUGUAUAUAAUUUCAGCCGUUUUUCAUCAGGAGCUGUAAAGACACUUGGUCACGAGGACCAUCACAAGGAAGUCCCGGGGAUGUGAUUAUCGUCAAAGCAAACUACACCAUAAACACAGAUUUGACUGCUCUUACUUCUGCUUUUUACUGUAAACGUCUGAUUGUUACUGAAAAAUACGCAGUGAUUCAAAAUGUCAUCGGAAGAGUUUGAAAAGUUACACGAAAUCUACAGAUCUCUGUAUGACGAGAUUAAAUUGAUGCCGGAGAGAGCUCUGAAAUGUCACGGAGAGGAAAGGAAGAAGCUGGUGAGAGUUUUCGACGAGAGACAGGGGGAGGCUGAGGAAGUGUUACAAGGAAUGGAAGAAGAGCUACGUGCUGCCCCUCCGUCUUUCCGAAAUGCUAUGAGUACAAAGUUGCGUCUAUACCACCGGGAUCUCGGCAAGCUGCAGAGAGACAUGAAAAACUCAGCCCCAGGGUUUGGCUCCUCUUCCCGCCCUGCUGAAGGGAGCCAUCACAGCAUCUACUCAUCACAAAAUCAACACAGUACAAGCAUGCAGUCCCAGAGAGCCCUGCUCCUCCAGGGUACUGAGGUCUCUUAACAAUGCCAGCCAAGUAUUGAGCGCAGCCAGCGGAUCGCUGCAGAGACCGAGAAUAUCGGCACAGAUAUCAUUGAGGAGCUGGGAGAGCAGAGAGAGCAGCUGGACCGGGCCAGAAACAGACUUGUGAACACAGGAGAAAACCUCAGUCGAAGUCGGAAAAUUCUCCGGGCCAUGUCACGGCGGAUUGUGACAAACAAGUUGCUGUUAGGUGUCAUCAUUCUGAUGGAGUUGGCCAUUCUGGGGGCAGUGGUUUACCUCAAGUUCUUCAGAAAAUGAGUCAUCUGCAGUGUGUAAAAACAGUCUGAGCCUGGACCGAGACAAAGCCUGGCUCUCCACAUCUAUCUUCACAGAACUCUUCAGUUGCAAUAAUGUUGUUCUCGGUACACUGUUUCUCAAAGUGCAAAUAAGGACAGUAAAGGGGUUCGGUCUUGGGAAGUCUGUCCAUCAACAGAGGAAGGUCAUAAAUGUGACUGACAAACUAAUGAACCUGUAUUGGACCAAACUUACAGAAACCCCCUUGGACCGACUGUAUGCUGAAAUUGCACUACUUUUUUUUUUAAAGGACUGUUUCUUCAGUGAGGCCUGUGGAAGGAUUUUCUGGACUGGUGUGCUGGCUUCUGUUAAUCACAGAUCAGAUUCUAUGGAUUUCUUAAAGUCAGAAUACAAUCCACAUAAGUAGUGGAUGUUCAGGUUGCAGUACGUAUGAAGUAUUUGGGAUGUUAUUUAUCUCAGAUAGAGAUACUUUGUCAUUACUAUUCAACACAAUUGUAUUGUUCCAUUAUAUACAAAUACUUAAAUACAGAAUGUGAUGAAAUGACCACCAUUUGGAUCUAUUUUUAUAGUAUCUUCACGCCCAGUAUUCAAGUUGUAUUGCAUUCAUUUUAAUGACCAAGUCUGACAUAUGUGUGAAUGUGAAAAAUGGCUGCAAACUUUUAGUACAGAGUCAGAGUAUAAUCUUGUUUGUUAAUCACUGUAUGAUUAUCCCUGUUACAGGUAAACCCAAUUCUAUAUCUAUAUUUGGCAGCCUACGGAAGAUUAGAGCUAAUCUUUAACCUUCAGAAUUUGUAUUUGGUCUGAUAGGAGCAGUACUUGGUUGCCAAACUGGCCGAGCUAACAAAAAACAUCCGCUGUGGAGCUGACAUCACCAUAAUAUAUUAAAGGCUGAAGCUGCGGGCUGGCAAGGUAGUGCUGGGUAAACAACAUCUGUUAUCCCAGUGUAAAUCUCAAAUAAUAGGUGAUAAAGUUAUUUUAGUUCAGUGCUCUUGAAGUGUCCCAUCUGCUGCUGUGUUUUUGUUCUGUAAUGAAAUCAUGCCGUUUUGGUGUGAUGCCAGGUGCAAUAACAACUUUGGUGACCUACUUGUGGGGGUAUUUUGCAUGGAAGAAGCUACUGGUAAUUAAUUAGUCUUGACCAGAAUGUUGCCUUACUAUUCUGAUGAAGAGGAAAGCAAAACGUUGGCGUUGUAAACAGGAGGGUACUAUGGGUAGAUGCUUAAUACAUUUAUGUGAUCACUCUAUCAAAUUAAAAAUGCCACUUCUUCAAUGUACGUUUGUGAAUAUUUUGCCAUAAAUACUUUUAACAACUUACACAAAGUUUAAAAUAUUCUUUUAGGUGCUUGGGUAACUUCUGUACACAACCACAGUGGAACAUUUGGAAAUGAAGCAAUCAAGAUGUGGUUGAAAUGUGGACUUUCAGCUUUAAUUCAAGGAGUAAAUAUUGCAUUAACUGUUUAACAAUUACAAUUAUUUUAUUGUAUUCCCUCCAUUUUCAGAAGCUCAAAAGUAAUAAGACAACUCACUCACAUGCAGCUUCAUGUCCAGAUUUGAGCUGUUACCUGAUUAUUCUAUGUCAAUAAAGCAAAUAAAAGGUCUGGAGUUGA